AUGUUGGAAAAGGAAAAGGUUGAGAAUGAAAGACAGAAAAUGGUUACUAAAGAAUCGGUAUUGAGUAAACAGAAAGAUCAAGAUAAGGAAGGAAAUUUAGAACAUGGUUUUGAAGAACAGGGGAAGGAAGAUAGAGUGGUAAGACAUUCUGAAUCAAAGGCUGAGAAUGAAGAGGUAACAAAGAAACUUGAACUGGAAGCAAGAAUCAAUACCGAAGAGGUUGUGGAAAGGGAAAGUGUGGGAGAAAGCAAGAAAGGGAAAGUGGGUGAAGAAAAUGGGAAAGAUAAAGAAGAGGCAGCUGAAUCGAUUGAAACUCUGAAUAAACUAGACCAGAAAAAAUAUAGUGGGAUUUCUAAAAGAGUAGAGGAAACAAGAACGAAACUAGAGGAAAUACAAAGCAAGGCACUAAGAGUCCCAAAUCUACCUUAUAAUAGGGAAGAUGAAAAAGAGGCUCUUACGUGA